AUGGAUCUCUUUGGUUUCGUCCAUUACCAUUCUCCUCUCUGGAGGAUUCUACAUCAAGAUUACGGAAAUUGGAGUCCUCAAACAUUUGUAUCGUCAUGCUUCUACAUUCCGCUUUUUUUUUGUCUACUGUUUUGGGUACAAAUUUUGGCGAAAGACCCGGCUUGUGCUGCUGGAUGA